AUGGCUGCGCCUGCACACAUUGUUCUCCCGGGCGACGACGUCGACCCGACGGAGCUGCUGCCGCCUCGCCCGGCCGCCGGCACCGACAAGAAAGCAAAGAGCCCCCCACCGCUGCGUCUCGGCCCCGGCCUGCGUCUCCUUCUGCCGUCGGGCCAGGUCGUCCCGACAGUGAGCGGCGAGCUGGUGGCCGACCGCCGCAAGAACCUCCUUUGGGUGGAGAGCGACGGAGGACGAUACUCUCCCACCACCGGCGACCUCGUCAUUGGCCAGGUCCUCCACACGACCGCCGACAACGCCAUCGUCGCCCUCGCACCCCACGAUGCGCCGCCCCUCCGCGCCGUCCUCCCCGUCCUCUCCUUUGCCGGCGCCACGCGCAAGAACCGGCCCGAUCUGCACGCCGGCACGCUCGUCUACGCGCGCGUGUCGCUGGCCGCCAAGCACCUCGAUACCGAGCUGGAGUGUGUCGACCCGACAACGGGCAAGUCGGAGGGGCUGGGCCCGCUGGUCGGCGGCAUGGUGUUCCCCGUCAGCCUGUUGAUGGCGCGGCGGCUGCUGAUGGCGUCUGCCGAGAAAGCGGGCGUCGCCGUGCUGGCGGCCCUCGGCGAGGAAGGCUUGUCGUUUGAGACGGCCGUGGGCCGCAACGGCCGGCUGUGGGUCAACAGCGAGAGCACGCGGACCGUGGUUCUUGUGGGCCGUGCGAUCACAGCCACAGACGCGCAGAAUCUGGACGUGCAGCAGCAGCGGGCCCUCGUGAAGAAGCUGGUCCGCAGCAGCGGGUGA